AUGGCGAGUGGCUUUGGCAGGAGGUGCAGCAGCAGUUUCAGCAGCGCCAGGAAGAAGAGCAGCACCAGCAGCAGCAGCAGCAGGAACAACGACUUCACACUACAUCACAAGAACAACAACGACAGCAGAACAUCCGCAACCGCAACAGCAACCUCAUUGCAUUCACGUUUGGCCCAGGUGGAAGACAUUGACAAUGCCGUCAGUAGAACCAGCAACAGCAGCACCAACGAUGCCGAUCCCAUCGAAGAACUGCCCAGCGAGGUCCAAAAAGCGGUAUGCACUGUGACCGCUGGUGAGAUCAAGGCGUCUGCCGAAGCUGUUACUACAAAGACCCUAAAGGGAGUCUGUGGAUCGGACGAAAUGAACUUGGCCUUCCGCAACCUAGAGACUAAACUUUACGCGGAGCUUCGUGAAAUAAAAUGGUUACUGGAGCAAGUGGCAAUGGCCAAUUCGGUGGAAAUAGUCGCUGCUCCGCCUCCUUCUCCACCACCAGUGACGCAAAGAUCCACCACCCUAUCAAACGAUGUCGAACUAGAUGAAAUCCUAAAGGCAAUGGAGACAAAGGCUAGCACAAAAAAGUUGCCCAUACUGAAGGAGCUGGCGACUAGGCAUAAGGCCAUGCAGGGAGUGCGAGAUGAGGAGGUCAAUAAGUUCAACAAUACCAUGCUGGCUGACCAGGACUUUAAAUUGUUUACAUACUACUGGAAAUUGGACAAUUUCACAAACAGAAUUGAAGACCUUUCCACGAACACUGUCAAUAGUCCUGUGUUUAGCAUCAGAGGCAAAUCCCUUCAGCUGAAGUGCAUCUUUCAUUAUUUGAAUCGCGAGCUGCUGAACCUACAGCUGGGCUAUGCGCAAGUACCACCACCAGGCGGCCAGAAGAACAUUGCCUUGGAUAUGGGCGGAAUGUUCAAGACGAUGAAACAUUGGACGGAUGAUACGCCAUUCAAGCACAAAAUCUCCAUACUGGAUCAGAAUUACAGCCACCGGAAGGCAAAGGACCUCGGCUCACAGGAGCUGACCAAAUUGGAGACGGGCUUUUCCAUACCGAACAGUGCACUUCUGGGCAGCACGUACAUCAAGCAGAACACGCUCUUGAUACAGAUUAUAUUGUAUUUGUGAAUGACGGGAACAAAACUUUUAUUCGGUUGAGUUAUUAAAUCAAAGAGAGACCAAAACCACGUACUUUAUGUAGAUAUUUU